UCAUCUGUUCUGUUCUGUUUGUUAAGGCUGUUAAGCGAACGACAAAAAUGUCAAAAUCAAUUUGUUCUGCGUAAAAGAGCCGCUAGCUAAUUUUUGUCGCACAGAUAUGGAGCUGGUCGGAGAAGAGGAAGUGAUUAAGUCGUCCUUCAGCAGCGAUGUGAGCGAACUGACGCACCUGUGCAGGGAAAAUGCGGAAGCGCUGCGGUCAGACGAGAGCGCAGAAGGACAAAGGCUGAGCGCCGCUUUUCUCGCUAUCAUCGACCACAUCAAGACAAUACUACCGUCGCUGGACAAAAUCAGGGCCGUGGCACCAUUAUAUGACUUCAGUCCGGAAACCCCGGGCAAUGGAUACCGCAGCUUCGUCAACAUUGUCGAAACAUUUGUGGCACACGCUCUAAAAUUGGCGCGCGAAGUUGCAGCAGCCAGAAAUAAUUUGUUUUUCCGCAAAUCCGGUUACAUGAAGGAGGUGGAGGCGUGCAGUCACGUCCUUGCGUCACUGGGAACCUGCCUGGAACAUCUGGUCACCUACAUUGACUUGAGCGAAACUGGAAAUUUAUUCCCUGAUGACAAGCACUCGCCUGCCGAACUGUUGGCCAAAACUACGAAUAUCAAUCAGAUUUGUUUUUAUGGCAGAUGUCUCGGCUUUCAGUUCUGCGAGAGCAUGCGAAAGGCUUUGCAGUUUAUUUGCAUCACCAUGGCAUCCUACAGUGAAGCAUACUACAACAGUGGAGGGCUCAUCAGCAAAGCUACCAACUCUGUUUAUACGGGGAGCAAAUACCUGAUUGACCCUGAACUGCGUGCCAGGCGCAUCGUCAACAUUGCCCAGUACUCUGAUGUCGAGUUUUGCAAGGCUUUUUGGCAGCUUGCCGAGACAGAUCUGAUGCAAAAAUUGCCCAGUUUGGUAACACCAUCUGUGGCCAUCAAUCAGGAAAUUUCGAUUCCGCCUCAGUCAUUUACAAUCACAGGGAUUGAUGGUUCUGACGUCAUUGUGCCUGCUCCAUCUUCUCACAUUGGUCCAAAACCAGUUCUGGUUCGCCUCAUAUCCGCAAACCACAGAGAGGGCAUGCUGGGGAAAACAACAGACUCAAACUCCCUGCCUCCGUCUCCGUACCUUUUGGUCCACUGCCACGGAGGAGGAUUCGUCGCUCAGAGCUCUCGUUCACACGAGUGCUAUCUUCGAGAUUGGGCCAAUUGGCUGAACGUGCCGAUCAUCUCUGUUGACUACUCUCUAGCCCCCGACGCUCCAUUCCCACGUGCUCUUGAAGAAACGCUCUACGCUUACUGCUGGGCCCGCAAAAAUUGCAACAUGCUCGGCUCGACUGGGCAGAAGGUCAUCCUAGUCGGCGACUCUGCCGGCGCCAAUCUGAAUCUGGGGGUGGCGCUCAAGUGCAUUGAAAUGGGCCUACCCAGGCCCCACGGAAUGUUCCUGGCGUAUGUGCCGGUUCUAGUCGCAUUCAUUCCUUCCCCGGCAAGACUGCUUUGCUUCAUGGAUCCACUCUUGCCGUUUGGCUUCAUGAUGAGAUGUCUCAAAGCUUAUGCUGGUCAUUUAUCGAUCGACACCAAAAAGGAUGAACAAAAGUCUGAAGAAAACAUUGACGACCUUCCAUAUUUUGAAGGAGAAAUUCCUGCCAAAAACUCAAAAGCUGACGAAGAAAUGAAAGGACAAUUAGAGGACGAAAGCCUGACUGAACUGCCUCUUCGUAGCCCAUCCAAGUUUUCAGAUCACGAGUCUGACUCAAUGACUACCGUCUCUCUGGUGUCCCCUCCCGCCCUGCAGCCGGAAAACUCGGCCGCAGCUAGAUCUCGGAAGUAUGUGGCCCAGUUUUUGGACCGUUACGUGCAAAAUGACAAAAUCAAAGAUGACGAAGAGCAAGACGUCCUGUUCGAGGCUCCACAGGCAGAGAACAGCGUUCCUCCGUCACCAACGCUUGUUGAGCGGUUCAGCUCCAUGGCCAGCUCAUUCACUGGCCACUUUUCCGUGUCUGGAAGCUCUCUCAGCCGUGAGCCGAGCCUAGAAGCAGCUUGCGGCUCUCCAGCUCUGCCCUUGGACCCUUCUGAGCUGGAUCAAAUGUUGGACAAGGACCCUACAGAGGAGUUCAAGUUUACAGUGCCCAAAGAUCCAUACUUGAGCCCAUAUUUUGCUUCUGACAAAGUUCUGAAGCAGUUGCCUCCUAUCAAGAUCCUAUCUCUGCAGCUUGACCCUUGCUUAGAUGAUUGUGUAAUGUUUGCCAAACGAUUGAAAGCCUUAGGAAAUGACGUUCAGCUUGAUAUUUUAAAAAAUUUACCGCAUGGAUUCCUGAAUUUCUCUCUCAUCAGCAAGGAAGCCCACGAAGGAUCAAAGCUGUGUGUGGAACGCAUUAAAGCUCUUCUUGGGUUCGACGAAGUUGACAAUUAACCGUUAUCUGAGAAACCAGUCACACCAGUAAGAAUAUAUUUUGUUGUGAUAUUAUAUAUAUACACUAAUUUUUUUCUCACAACUGCAUACUUAAUGGAUGCGAAGAAUAGCUCACUCUGUCAUAUUUAUGUUACAUAGGGUUAAAUGUAGAGACUUAGCAUAUCUAUUCACACCACCAAAGAUUUUCAAAUAUCUUAAUUUAUAAUUUAUUCAAAUAGCAAUAAAAAUUAUUUACCAAA